CGUAUAUGUCAGGGGUGCAAAUGGCAAAUUAUCCGGAGGGAGUAGUAUCUUUUUAUGUUUUACCCUUUUUUUUUUUGACAAUAUGUUUUGGGAAUCUUUCAUAAGCUGUUCAAAACAUUUAUACGAACUGACCUAGGUUAUGCAUUUCAAAUUUCAGACUAGAAGAGCUCCAUCAACUUUACCAAUGGAAAUGCAAAGGAAAAUCAUGGUAGGAGGAGACUGACUCAGCGAUUUGCCAGAGCCAAUUUUAAUUCACAUACUCUCUAUGUUGCCCGACAGUAAAGCAGUUGUGAGAAUGAGUGUAUUGUCUACACGAUGGCGGUUUCUUUGGAUGUCCGUUCCGGUGUCACCCGAUUUCAACCUCCCUCAUAGGCCCCCUAAUGGUUACACUAAAAAGGAAGUUUCUGAUUUCAUAGCUUCCGCCAAUAGAGAGCUUUAUUAUUGGAGGUUUUGCCAGAAAUUCACAAGGUUCAGGUGCUUUCUGCCUAGGUAUGACAAGAGUUAUGUUAAAGAUGUUGAUAUAUGGGUACAUUUUGCAACUAAAGUUGCUAACGUGGAAUGUUUUACACUUGGGUUUUGCUGGGAAAGUGACCCAAUAUAUGAGCUUCCUCAGUUUGCAUAUAACAAUACGUCGUUGAAGAGGUUGAAAUUAGUCAACUGUGAACUGAACCCUUCUGGUAGUAUUAACUGGAGCAGUCUCGUUUUUCUUGCAAUUGCGUGCCUGAAUUUGACAGAUGAUGUGUUGGAAAAGGUAUUACCUGGUUGUUCCAACUUGGAGAGCUUGGAACUGGUUGGUGAUUUGGCUGUUCGUCGUUUGGAAAUCAGCUCUGUGAAGCUGACAUCUUUGACCAUAAGAGACUUCCAGAAUGAGAAUCUUGAUCGUCGUCUCAAAAUAUUAGCGCCCCAUAUUAAAUAUUUUGAACUUUUGGGGUGCUGCGAUGAGAUAUGCUUGCAGCAGAGAAAUGUGGCUUCACUUGUCAGUGCAAACCUAUUUUUAGAUUUUGUAUAUGCAGAACGGAACUCGGAGGAGAAGUGUAGAUAUUUUAAAGAACUUCUUCAUAGGGUUUCCCAUGUCGAGAAUCUUGGAUUGAGUCGCUGGUGCAUCGAGCUUUACUAUCCAAAAUUUAGAUUUCUUUUUCGUUUUGUGACUUUUUAUGUGCUACUGGAUUCAUGACUUUAAUAAUAGUAACAGGACCAUUACUUAGGAUAAUGCAAUAACUAAGUUGAUAAUUACUAAAGAAUUACAUUCUCGUGACCAAUUUGGGUGGACAGUGGCAGGUAACUGAAAUAAGAUCUUUUGAACAAAAUUUUGGAUGAUGAACAAAAUGGACAGAACGACCUGUAAAAUUUGGAUUGAUUUACAUUCUUCAUGCUCUUUCUUCUAAGUCAUGUGUGUUUAAAGGUCCGUUUUUUGGAUUUCCAAACCAACCUUGAACACUUUGACAUGUCAAUAACUAGUCAUAUAGUCCAAGUUGUUUUUAUAGAUUAUUCAACAAUUAGCAUGCCACUAAUUGUGUUGCAUUUCUUUUUUUUUUUUUUUUUUUUUGACAUAUUUGAUUUAUAAGUGCCUUUCCAUACUGGAGCUGAAAGGCUGGCAGUCUCCGCCAUCAAGACGGAAAUUCUUAAAAAUUGACACAGCCUUGGAACAGUUGGACUUCCCUGGAAUAUGCAGCCUUCUACAUGUUUCACCGAAUCUUGAGACAUUGACCAUUGACCGGUGCAAUCGCAAACCAAGAGUAUAGCAGUUGCUCUCUCCCACUUUAUUUCUUUCCUAAACAAAGAUUGGAGGGAGAUGGUGAUGAGGUUUUUUUCUCCAAGAGUUCUCCUCAAGAAUAUCUCUAGUCCAGGACGUCUCACCUGUUAUAGAGUAGAUCCCGUUGCACGUAUCUCAGUUUGCUGCUGUGACCAGUCCACCAAGUCAAAGUCCAAGGUUUCCACUUUCCACCAAGUCUGUACUGCAGAACCCUUUUUUUUUUUUUUCCAUUUUCCUCCUCGGCGUCCCCGGGAUCUGAGCACAGCCCAUUCUAUGAUGAGAGGAGAAGAGCCCCUAAGAGUAUGUUCGCAAACAUUGCUUAGUCCCUUGGAAGUGAAGCAAAUAAUGAAAUCAAAGAAAAAAUGUUCUGCUAAUCAGCUACUACCAGAGCUUGAUUGUUAAUGGAUUUCCUUUUAAGCCUGAUGAGAGGGGCAAAACUUUUUGGGUGCCCUUUACUCCCUCAGAAGUUGAAGCCUGGAAGUUAUUAGUAUGACAAGGAAUUUGAACUUUGGAGAAUGGAAGGAGAGAGAUCUAACAGAAUUCUGAGUUCAAAUCUGAAGUUUACCGGGAAACUUAGUCUGCAUGCAAGCAAUGAAACCACACAGGUCUAUAUAGUGGCCGGGAGAUAACAAAACUGGAACUCAAAGUGCUGAAGGUAAAGAGAAUGCGAACUAUUCAAUGCAUGUAUUUUCGCUGAAAGUAGGUUUUGAUACCGCUAAAGGCCAAUCCAUAACUAUUUCAGUGGAUCUUAGUGUAAAAAUGCGCUGACCCCCUUAGAAUAGGUAAGUUGAGGAAUUUGGAUGUGCUCAAAGAGAUCCUUUUUACAUCAAAACUUUGAACGCUAACAUGAAUCUGCUGAAAUAUAAGGCUGAUCUUGUUGAACCUUCCAAAGUUACUUCAGCUGUGCACCUCAGUGGUUACUGAAAUUACACUUGGACCCAACUCAAGAAUCUGUGACAAGUGACCACCUAACCUACAUUAAAUCACACAAUAAAAGACCGCCACAACAAUCAGCAUGUCAAAACAUUGUCAACCAACAAAGGGAUGAACCUAGAAGAUAUACCACUGUUCCAAUUUAUUUAGAGCAGAAAAAGGUUCAGAAGCUACUUUUACUUGGACUUGAUAGUUCUGGAACAAGCACUAUUUUCAAACAGGUUGCGAUGUCGAAUCUGCCAAAAGUAAUCAGUGCAUCUACUCCUUGAACCCGAGGUUGAAGCAUUUCUUUGAUUGGCUACUGGAUAUCAUUGCCACUGGAGAAUUAGAUGCGGUUUUUCCUGCAGCAGUACGUUAAUAUAUUCUCCAGGUCGAAGAGGUGUGGACGGAUCCUACUAUACAGGAAACAUACAAGAGAAGAUAUGAGCUUCACUUCCUUCCAGGCUGUUGAGAUAUCAGAGCAAGAUAUGUUGUAGCCCAACAGAUACAUUUCUUGGUGUUGAAUGAUAACAAAAGUUUUCUUUUAGUUUUAGAUGUUCAGAAUUCUCUAAAGGUACCAGCUGAUUAGAUAAAAAGCCAACGGAAUGAAUGAAGGAUGCAAGUGGAAGGAAAUGUUUCUGUUGUAGUAAUUUGUGUGGCCCCCUCAGUGACUAUGAUCAGCUAUGGCUGUCUCUGCAGGACAGUGGUAGCGAUACACUAUUUCAGAACAAGAAUCAGCAUGUCAAAAACUCUUUGAAACAAUGGUCAGACAUCCGUGUUUCAAAGAAACCCCAUUCGCUUUAAUCUUGAUCAAGUAUGAUUUGUCUGAGGAGAAGGUCGCUUGUGUACCGUUGGACUCUUGCAAAUAUGUUCAGCAAUUCCAGUCUAGUGCGAACUCAAUAUAGUAAACAGUCACUAGCAAACCAAGCAUAUUAUUUGGUCGCCAUGAAGUUUAAAGACCUCUAUGCUUCUGUCACGGGUAGAAAGCUAUUUGUGUGGAAAGCUCGGACAAGGGUGACGUCGAUGAGAUGUUCAAGUAUAUGAGGGAGGUUGUGAAGUGGGAUGAGGAAAAGAAAGAGACCUACUAUGGUGGAGCAGAUGGCUCCAUUUAUGAGGGAAAAUUGCUUUUUUCAACUUCAUAAACAACUUCUCCUACUAUUCAGAAUCACCUAUUUUUUUCUAAAGGCUUAGCUAAA